AUGUCAGAUCCCGUGAGCCUUUGUUGCCCGAUAACUCAAGAAUUAUUUGUCGACCCAGUGAUUGCUGAGGACGGUCAGACAUACGAGAGAGCAGCAAUUGUUCGAUGGUUGCAAAAUGGAAAUCGAACGAGCCCUAUAUCAAGAGCCUAUAUUACAAUAGCAGGUUUACGUCCAGUUUUUGCAAUCAAACAACAAGUAGAAGAGUAUAAAAACCGUCAGAAUGCCAGUAAUAACAUUGCUACUGGUAGAAGCACCAUUGAAACCGAUCAAGCUCAAAAAUCAUCAGUUUUUGAUUUACCUAACUCUAACAAUUUCAAUGGCGCUGAGGUGAAGCUGCCAUACGGGGCAGAUGAUCAUGCAGUAAGAGCUGUACAAGGACCAAUGUAUACUCAAGCACAUAGACAAACUCGACUCCACAGAGAAACAGAUGCUCUUCUACAAACUCCAACAUCCAGGCGUACUCAAGAUCAUAGAAUUUCCACUUCAAAUACAAGGCCGAUUCAUGUUCCGCAGCGAUCGUAUCAAUGUCGGUCAAAUUGCUGUGAAGCUCGGAAGCGUUGUUUCUUAUGUUCUCACAAAAGGGCACUCUUACUCAGUGAUGACCAAAGUACACUUCUUCAACCUUUAAUCGAUCGACUACAAGACAGUGGGAUCACAACAACCUACGUACAAAAUGGGACUGCAACGUAUUCUGGCUUACCAGAUGCACGCGUAUUUGAUGUUGUAAUUUUAAUAACUGGUGCUCUAAAGGAGAACGAUAUGCCAAUCAAUGGACAACUGGCGAUUACCAAUGCACAGAAAUUUAAUGGCACAGGUGUGGUAAUGACUGAAUGGGCAGCUUAUCAUGUCUCAAAAAAUAGGUGGCAAAUUCUUUCGCAACUUUUAUUGUCAAAACAAGCGAUGAAUGGGUCUACAAAUACCUUGACAUUCAGUUUAGUAUUAAAUAAUCAUCCAAUUUGGACUGAUUUACCAAAAACAUUUAUUACUGCUAUUCAAAUGGAUAUCAGUAGAUUAGGAGUACCAGUCAACGGAGCAUCUAUUCUUGCCAAUUGUACAGAAUGUGCUCCUAAGCGGAUAGGUGUCGUCGUUCGGCCGAGAGUCGGAGUUGAUGGUCGAAUAGUACAGAUCGCACAUGCUGGGCACUCUGGUGGAAAUCGUAUCUGGGCCGUCGAUGAUAAUAUAACAACGAUGAUGGUUAAUGCAGUUCGCUGGGCAGCUAAGAUAAUUUAG